UUUUUUUUUUUUCAAAUCCGUCACUUUUUUCUUCCACUCCAAAAAAAAAAAAAUGUCAUGGCUCGCUCGCUCCCUCGCUGACUCUCUACGGCUCGACGAGGACGGCGACGCCGAGAACGACGUCGUACCCAACGAAUCAGCAAUCCGAACCACCGCCGACAACGACGUCGUUCGAAGAAGCGAAAUUGAAUCUUCAGAUGAGGAGAACGAAGACGACGACCAGACCCGAGGCGUGAGGGAAGAUUUGGACGAAUUCAAGCAGACGCUGACCCGCCAAUUUUGGGGGGUCGCGUCAUUCCUCGCUCCGCUUCCGCCCCCACCGCCUCCGCCGUACCCUUCAUUGCCAUCCAGUAAUCGAACGGAUCCUCCCGACAUCGGUCGAUCCGAACCGCCCGAUCAAUUGGCGAUGGAUUUUGGUGAAGGAGAAGAGGAGGAGGAGGAAUUGGAGGAGGAUUGCGCCGUAGGGGUCACUGAGGAGGUGCUGGCGUUCGCGAGGAACAUCGCGAUGCAUCCGGAGACGUGGCUGGACUUUCCUCUCGACGAAGAGGAGGAUUUGGGCGAUUUUGACAUGUCUGAUGCCCAGCAAGAGCAUGCUACGGUGAUUGAACAUCUUGCACCAAGAUUAGCUGCUUUGAGAUUUGAACUCUGUCCGUGCCAUAUGAGUGAGAGUUACUUCUGGAAAGUCUAUUUUGUUCUUCUGCAUUCGAGGCUCAAUAAGCAGGAUGCCGAGAUCUUGUCCACACCCCAAGUAAUGGAAGCCAGGGCAAUGUGGAUGCGGGAGCUACAUUGUCAGACUGCAUUAGAAGAUGAUCAAUUUGAAAGAAACCCUUCUUUUUUAAAAGACCAUUCCAAUAUACUACACGAAGAUUGUGCUCCAGUCUCAUCCUGUAGUGUUUAUUACGAGGACAAGGUGCUAAGGACAUAUCCUUAUGAAUCAACAAUGUCCCCCAUGGCUUAUGAGACUGAGAAGCACCCAGUUGAGAGUGAUGAAAUCCCAUUUAUUGAUAAGUCUGUUAUUGAAGAAAAGCCCAUCAUUAAGAGCGAGGACAAGAAUCUAACAGUUGGUCCAUCCUCGAAGAUGCUAGAUAAUAUCUAUGAAAAUGAUGACGAUGAUGACUGGCCAGAGGAAGAUUCUGAAUUAGAUGGAUGGGCAUAGUGGAACAGCUAUUCAUGCAAUCAAUGAAGACGACAUAUCUUUCAGUGAUCUAGAGGACGAUGAUUUCCUUGCAUCCACAAAACUCAAGAUUGUCUCAAAGGAAUAAGAAACCACAAGGAAAGAGAGGUUAACCAUUGGCACAUGCUCUGCUCGUUGAAUAAAAGAUGGAGCUUCAAGUCAAUGGAUAAACUGGUAGUGGCAAGGACACUACCGCUUGUGAAGAACACUGUCGUAUGGACCUGCGCUGGGACUCUUGUAAAUGCUUGCUGAUUGUCCUGCUGAAUAGUCCCUCUGGGACUCAAGCCUCUGGUGAUGAUGCUAUUUGUUCCAAUACCAAAUUGUACAUGAUAUGUUGAUUUCUUGUGGUCCAAAUCUUUACAGAAAAGUAUAUGUUUGUUUGGUUGUGAUAGGAUUGUAAUUACAGUUGUGAGAGAGAGAUAGAGGUUAGAAGUGGUCAUUUCAUCAAUGAAAUGUCUUGGAAAGAAAAUAUACAAAGAAUUUUGUCUUCCCUGUUAUAUUUUUUACCAUCUCAUGAACUUGUACUAUGCUUCUCGUUACAAGGCAGCCAAGGGUUUCUUGUAGCGAAGGCUACGGAAGAUUAAGACCGGGCUUAUCAAUAUAUCUGGAGCAAAUUUCAAUCUUU